GGGGGGCCCGGGCGGGCGGGGGGAGCCGCCCCGUGGGGCGGCGGGGCGCUGCUCCGCGGGAUCCUGCUCUGUGUGGCGGCCUCGGGUUCUUGUUGGGGUAAUUCUGUGGAGAGGAAAAUCUAUAUUACCUUAAAUAAGACUGCCCCAUGUGUUCGUCUCUUGAAUGCUACUCAUCAAAUAGGCUGUCAGUCCUCUAUUAACGGAGAUACAGGAGUGAUCCAUGUGGUUGAGAAGGAGCAGGACCUGAAGUGGGUGCUUUCAGAUGGACCCCAUCCUCCAUACAUGGUCCUGCUAGAAGGGGAGCUCUUCACCAGGGAGCUGUUGCAACAGCUGAAGAGAACCUCACGAGUUUCUGGGCUGGCUGUGGCCCUCUCCAGACCGAGCCCUUUACCAGGAUUCUCCCCUGGCUUAAAAUGCCCCAAUGAUGGGUUUGGUGUUUAUUCUAAUGAUUAUGGCCCUCAGUAUGCCCACUGCAAUUGGACCGUGUGGAACCCUCUUGGAAAUGGGAUUUCUUAUGAGGAUUUUGAUUUCCCCAUCUUUCUACUUGAAGAUGCCAAUGAGACUCAAAUUAUUAAGCAGUGCUACCGAGACCACAACCUGCCUCGAAAUGGCUCCAUCCCAGAGUACCCACUGUGUGCCAUGCAGCUCUUCUCCCACAUGCACGCUGUCACCAGCACGGUCACCUGCAUGAGGCGCAGGACCAUCCAGAGCACGUUCAGCCUCAACCCAGAAGAGUUUUGCGACCCUCUGAUCGAUUAUAAUGUGUGGAGCACCCUGAAACCCAUCAAUACCUCUAGGAAAAUGCACCCUUCAGAUGAAGUCAUCAUGGUUGCUGCUCGACUUGACAGCCAUUCAUUCUUCUGGAACCUAGCCCCUGGGGCGGAGAGCACCGUCUCCUCCUUUGUGACCCACUUGGCUGUUGCCGAAGCCCUCCACAAAGUGCCAGAUAUUCAGUCGUUGCCCAGGAACAUCAUGUUCACCUUCUUCCAAGGGGAAACCUUCGAUUACAUUGGCAGCUCCAGGAUGGUGUACGACAUGGAAAACGACAGAUUUCCCAUUAGGCUGGACAACAUUUAUGCCUUUCUGGAGCUGAGCCAGGUGGCUUUAAGGAACAACUCUGUUUUGUGGGUGCACACAGACCCCAUCUCUCAGAAGAAUGAAUCUGUUCAGUUGCGGGUUAAAAACCUUGUGGCAGCUUUGACCAAAAGCAGCCUGGAUGCAAAUGUGACUUUGCAGGAGGUCAAUCAGUCUCAGCCUCUCCCCCCUUCGUCCUUCCAGCGCUUCUUGAGGGCCAGGAACAUCCCAGGGGUAGUGCUAGCUGAUCACCGCACGUCCUUCCACAACAGAUAUUACCAGAGCGUGUACGACACUCCAGAGAACAUCCUGGUGGACUACCCUGCAGGGCUUAGCCCCGAGGAGGCUCUGAUCUAUGUCACAGACACAGCUAAGUCCCUGGCAGAAGUAGCCACAGUGGUGGCCCGUGCUCUCUACCAGCUUGCGGGGGGGAACGGCAGCACCUCCGCUAUUCAGGCAGCUCCAGAAACGGUCUCCCGGAUGCUCUAUGGGUUUCUGAUUAGAGCCAAUAACUCUUGGUUCCAGUCCAUCAUUAAACAGGACAUGAAAAUCAUCAUGGUUGACAACGUUCCCCAGCACUACAUUGCUGUUAACAGCCCAGUGAACACCACCCAACUGGUACAGUCGGUCCUGGUCAACCUCACAGGCACAGUUGUCAACUUCACCAAGGAGGAGUGCCAGAACCCUGAAAAAAUGUCCAGCCCUGAGAAGGAACUAUAUGAAUAUUUCUGGGUGCAAGGUCCCAGAGACCCAAACUCAACCUCACGAAUCCCCUUCUGCGUCCAGUCAACUGUCCGCCUAAGUAAAGCCCUCUCUCCUGCCUUUGAGCUGAAGCAGUGGGGCUCCACAGAGUACUCCACAUGGACAGAGAGUCGCUGGAAGGACAUCCGGGCCCGGAUAUUUCUUGUAGCCAGCAGGGAGCUAGAGAUCAUCACGCUGGUGGUGGGCAUCGCCAUUCUCAUCUUCUCGCUCCUUGCAACCUACUUCAUCAAUGCCAAAGCAGACGUGCUCUUCAGCAGCCCACCGGACCCUGGGGCCAUGGCUUAUUGAGGCUGCUUCUCUGGGGUGUGGAGCCCCAGCACUCAUACUACAACUGUACUGACUAGAUCUACACUGGAAUAGCCCUCUUGGCCGAGAGGGACACAGAUGAAUCACUACUCCACAGUCUCCAGGGUGAGCUUGAGAACCAAAGCCCUUACAGAAGAAAUGCUCCCUAAGAAACCUGUGCUGGCCAAGCCCUAAAGAGAUCAUGGCUGCUUCGGGUUUUGGGAACUUGUUUUUCAUUUGUCCUCUCUUCUGGGCAAUUCAAAAGGAUCUAAUGCUGCUUGGACCAAGCUGCUGUGGAUGCGUUUCCAAAGUGGAGACAGGUGUGAAAAAACAUGAAGGAAACCCCUCUGAGAUGUAUAUGGACAGCAGACUUCUGUGGCUUCCUGAGAUCCCUGACUGCCCCUUUGCUUCUGGAAGAAUUGUCCAGGAGUUGCUGUGAAUCUGUGUAUACUACAGUGCAAGCAGGGGAAGAGAUGCUGAACAAUUAGAUGAGAGAUGUACUUUUUUUUCAAUAGUGCAAUAUUUCAGGGUGGGACUUGUACAUAUAUAAAUAGCUUCGUUUAAUUAAAAAGGAAUUGCCACUUACAAAUUAA